AUGUCGUCAACUACUUCUUCCGAAAGCGAUAUGGGUGCAAAUAAAGCGCGCAGCAUUCGUCAUGCCUCACAGCGAAAAGCCUACCAUUUGACCGAGCAAGAGGAUGAUAAAUUUGUCAUUACAGAGACUCGCUUAGCAUAUGGGAAACAACGAACGUUUCCCAAUAAAUGGCAAGUACAAGUUUCCAAUCGACAGCCCCUUCAUACUUCUCAAAGACCUUCCAAAUCCAUUCUACGCCGCCGCCACCAAGCUACGGACGAUGCUGGUGUCGAUCAGCUUCAGGCCAGACUGGCCACCAUGAGUCUCCACAAGAACAAAGUUCGAUUCACCAAUCGCAAUGACCAGCGCUUCUACAUCAAAAUGAGCGAGAGUGUACAGCAAUUGGUCAAAAUGACAAACAAUAGCCACAAAGGCAAGAACUGUAAGAACGAUGCAACAACAUCUUCAGGAGAUUUUGUCUUGGUGGAAAUCUCAUCCUCGGAAGACGAAGAAGAUUGCAACACUACAACAACUAUCCAAGAGAUCACCGAGGCAGUUCAGACUGGUCAACCUGUCAAGGAAAUCCUUCAUCUACUCCAAGAUCAUCAGGAACUAGCAGCCUUGCAUCAUCAUCAGGACAACAAAACAACAGACAAUGACGACUGGCUCGCUACACUCUAUCGACAAGUCAAGAGUAAACUUCAACACGAUGGCGACGACAAGUGCAACGACCGCCACAACCUGGAACAAAUCAAAAAACUACUCAACAUUUACAAGACUGCAGAGAGUGUCAUUGCCUCCUCUCGAGCACUCAAACAAUGGAGUCGAUUCCAAGUUACCGUGGAAUCCAUAUCCAACUUGCAAACACUCUCGUCUCCUGAUGAUGCUUUGGUGGCUGAUAUGGUGUAUCGCAGCUCUUCUUCUUCCAACAAGCAACCAAAGCAGUCCAGUCAACCACUCGGGCCCACCACGGCCCUGGCCGACUUUAUCGAUGCCACUACUGGUCGCCAAAUACAAGGCUCGCCAGCACCCAAGUACUGCAUCAAUCACAACUUUGGAUUGACCGAGGAACGGCCAGAAUUGACCUUUACAGUGUCCUCCCAAGGAGAAGAAGGCGAUGCUACGACUCAACCAGUGGGACAUGUUCGUAUCCCCUGUGCUCUCUUUCGGUUCUUUUCCACACAACCAAAGGAAACGUACAGCCUGGAUCAAAGGCUUGUCCCGGUACAACAAUCAUCAUCCAAUCAGUCUUCCAGUAGUAGCAACAACAAUACUGUUCGUGUCAAGUUUGCCAUUCAAAAAGUGCCUCUCAAAAAGGACUUUUUGAACAAGAAGCGGGCAGAAGUGGCCGUCAACUUACAAAUGAUUGUGGAUUGGAUUCAUCGGUUCAAUCAGGAAAACAAGGAUAGUGCAGAACUUUCGUCUCAUAUUCUUUGUUCCAACAGCGGUCUCUCUCUGUUGCACGCCGCCAUUUUGGUGCAAGAUCGAUCUUGUGUCCAACAAAUCUUGGCAUUGGGGGCCAAUCCAUUCCACAACAACAGCACUGCUGGGUCUGCCAUGAACUUGGCAUUGAACAUGAUGGAUCGGUAUGAUCAUCGUCCUCAUGAUUCCUCGACAACCUCCAAUCAUCAGAAACUCUUUUGGGACAUGAUUCAAGAUUUGCAACAAUCCACAAUAAAUCGUAGCAGCAGUCAUCAUGCUAGUUCUGGCACGCCUUCGACUCAGCAGCAUUCCAAGGGCGAGGACGAUGGCACGGAGAAGGAAAAUCAUCGAGGCCGCCGCAAGUUGAAACUGGGACACCAUCAUGGACCACAUCAUCGUAGCAAAUCUUCCUCCAAGUCGCGCUCCAAGUCCAGAACGGACGGUGGCACGGAGAAGGAAAACCAGCGAGGCCGCAAGUUGAAACAGGGACAGCAGCAUGCACCACAGCAUCGUAGCAAGUCUUCCUCCAAGGUGCGCUCCAAGUCCAGAACAGGCAGUCGCCCCCUCACAGAUCGAAGAAGCAAAGCUGGACAAUGA